GCACGAGAAAAAUCCAAGAAACCUCCGAAAGAUUUUGGCGCGCAUUUACAAUUUAUUCACUUGUUCGUGACGUGUAAAAUACAUUACCAAAGGCGGGAAAUUUCAUUUAACCCGUUUAAACUGCCGUGAUACUUGAACUGUGCAGUUUAAAAAUGGCCGACUUCCUGACGAUUUCCUUUCAAAAAAACGGUAUUUAUUUUCCACAGCCUGGUCCUAGCCUGUUUUCAACGAACAAUAAGAUGCUACGGCCUGUUCCAAAGUUUGGAGAUAUCUCCGAGCAGCUCAACUCGCAACAGAACCAGAGAACUUCGGUCAUCGUUUGGUCGCCUCCGACAACACCAACACACAAUUUCAUGCCACCAUCUCCACCUCAAACCCCGACUACACCGAAAGGAACGCCUGUAAACGAGUUCUCCCCGAAAUCACCGAAUGUGGUACCGCCAAGGGGGAGACCGAGAGCUGAUGUGCUGAACAUUUUGAUGGAAGAAGGACAGAACUCGUACUCCUCAAUUCGCUGUGAUGUUUGCAACCGCGUUUUCCCGCGCGAGAAGUCUCUUCAAGCUCACAAAAGAACCCACAGCGGUGAAAGGCCUUAUGUCUGUGAUUUUCCAAACUGUGGAAAAGCCUUUGUUCAGAGUGGCCAGUUAAAGACUCACCAGCGUCUCCAUACCGGCGAAAAGCCAUUUGCUUGCACUGCCGAAGGUUGUACAACGAGGUUCACUCACGCCAAUCGCCAUUGCAGCCUUCAUCCAUACGCUGGCUUAAAGCGGACUUUCACCGAAAUACCACUGAAAGAAAUCCUCAAGAACGAAAAUUCCGAGCCAAACGAGUACAAGGCUGCCGUGUUGAAAUGGCUAGCGAACUACGAGAUGGAGAAAGAUGAACGAAAUCCUACAAAGCUGGAAGAAAGAGUACUCAAGCGAAAAUUAGAGAAAGAGAUUGCGCGACAACAAAUCGUGGAGCGAAAGAAAUCAAGAAUCGAGGCAAGAAAGAGGAUGGCAGACGCAAGAGAGCGAUGGUACGGAGCUAUGGCUCUCGUUGAACUCGCCGAUUCUCAGCUGAACUGUAACUGAAUCUUCGAUCGCAUUGUUGUCUUUAGCUUUCAAAACAACUUUUGGCGGGCAAAAUUUAAAUGUCUGCAGUAUUUUUGUAAUUGGUUUUCUCGCAGUGUGAAUUUGGUUGGUUUUUUUUUUAAAAUAUCACCAUGUUUUGAUAACUACAAGUUUUAGCAGCCCUCAUUUAGUUUCUUCAUGUAUUUUGAAAGUAUUUUUACGAGAAAAACUCCGGUUUGUUUCGAUUUUCAACGUCCGUCUUGAAAAAAAGUCACUGGCAUUUUCCUUGUUAUUGUUAUGCAAAAUAGAUUGACAUAGUAGAUUGCCCACAGAACUCUUUCCCGCAAGAAAGGGAAGUUGUAGAAAGGAAUAUUAGGGCCAUUUAUACGAGGAAAAAUAAGACGCGUCUUAAAUAAGACGCGAACUGUACCAUUUAUACGAGCAUGUCUUAUCUAAUAAGACGCGUCUUAGCUAAGCCGCGUCUUAUUUUAGACGAAAUGUGCCGUUUAUACGGAAAGUUCGCGUCUUAUUUAAGACGCGUCUUAUUUUUCCUCGUAUAAAUGGCCCUAUUGUGUAGAGUGGAGUAUAUUAUAAACAUUCAAGAUUAUAUUGUAAAAAAUGUAAAGUCGUAAAAAAUAUUUAUAUAGAUGUAGUAUUCACAUACGUUUUGUAGCAUUAUAUGGUAAAAACAACAAGAGUGUUUUAAUUAAUUGGAAACUCGGAGUAAUCACAUUACUUUUCAUUUUAUACAUUUUUACAUAAAUGUUGAAAUUUUGUGAUAUUUUUUUUCUUAAAAAUUCAGAGGAUUCAAUGUACAUUAGCUAAG